AGAGUACUUAUCAGGUGGGGAAGCCCCAGGCCAUUUUACCACAAUAAGAACCUCUUCUUCUAAAAUAGAAAAGCAGAACAAGCACAUACAGUCAUGUUUUUACCCAGUAGUAAAAGUGAUCACACGCACCACACCCAAAGAAGAGCAGGGACCUGGGCAGAGACCUCUAAAAGCACAGCCUGCAGAUCAUAACACCCAAGGACCAGAAGACGGAUGGGACAGAACAGAAGGGUACGAUUCCUCGGAGGAAAACAAGCCACAUACCUCUGAGAAACUCACAUGUAAAAAGACUAGGAUUCACACCCCCAAAACAGGUGAUCUGAACCCUGUGAAUAAGAAACCCAGGACUGAUUGCUUGCACAAUUUACAAAAAGAGGAGAGUCUUUCUCCUUUUUUGAAAGAUCAUAAUUAUUGUGAAAAAAAAAAAAAGAGGGUGGGUUUUCGAGGUGGGUAUAAAUACCCUGUCUUGAAAGAGCAUGAUUAUUGUGAAAAAAAGAAGGGGGUUUGGAGUGGUACACACAGGCGUAUACGUCUCAGAAAGAGUGCGCAGAGCCCUUUGAAAGAUCAUGAUUAUUGUGAAAAAAAGAGGGGGAUUUGGAGUGGUACACGCAGGUGUAUACAUCUCAGAAAGAGCGUGCAGAGCACUUUGAAAGAUCAUGAUUACUACCAGCGCAAAAGGGUAAAUUUUACUCAGAGAGGAGGUAGUCUGUGUAAUUCGGACAGCAGGCGUAGUCUGUAUCAUAAGAGGGGGAGUCAUGGUAAACGUGGGGGUAAAAAUGGUUGGCCAACCAGCAAGUGGCUUGCGGGGAAAAAUGUAAGGGCCUGGUUAAAGAAGAGCAUGGGGAAGGCUAAACACCAUUUGAGGGAAAAAAAAAGAGAUCCCCUAGGGAUCCCUCAAACACUUCUCCUCCUAUCAGUCCUGACCCUUCACCAGAACCCCCGGAGCCAGAGAGAGGGGAUGGAGAACAUGGUUUAGGAACCCCUUUAGAGGGUCCCUCAAAUGUACCCCAGCCACCCAGAUCGGACCUUUCACCAGAACCCACAGAGCCAGAGAGGGGAGAUGGUGACUAUGGUUUAGGAAGCCCCUUAGAGGGUCCCUCAAAUGUUCCCAGACCUUCCCCAUCACCAAGACCUGAGGGGUCAGAGGGUUGGAAUAACGAAUCUGUUGUAGAAGACAGUUUAGAGGACCCCUUAAGCGCCCCCCGGUCUCCUGAGUCAUCAGAGGAUGUUUUACUGGAUGUACAUAUGGUGCGGGUGAGAAGGCAAGAGUGGUCUGUAGCCAGGUUUGGAGGCAUGAGGUACACUGAGGAGUUCCGUUUUGUGAAUCUGGAGCGUGUGCCGUUACACGUGGCAUACGAAGCCAUAACUCAUGGGGUGGAAGAAAUUGUAGCAGAACUCCGCCAGAGAUUCACAGGCAACAAUUAUGCCCAGUUACGUAUUCAGGCAGAUAGUUUGUCAAACUGCUUAUACUCUCAAGCUAUUAAUUUAAACAAGAUGACCCCUGAGCUGUUUUUAGAGUGGCUCAGUAAGCUGUUACAAAGCCAGAGAGAAAUAUUGCUCGAUUCAACAUUUCGGCUGGUUGUGAUUGUUGUGAAAGGACGGGGAGGUAGGAGCCGUAGAGUUAUAAGCUCUAUCCCCUAUUCUCAGAUCAUUACUAAAAAGAGGAAGUAUUUAAUAGACUUGAAUACCUAUGAUACUAACCUGUGCUUUGCAGGCAGUCUGUUGGCUGUUACAAAACGUAGAGGGGCCAGAGAUGUCGAACUGCUAGAUGGUGCCAAAGAACUGCAUAGGAAAUUAGGACUGUCUAUAUAUCAAAAGGUUAUGCUCCAUCAUGUACCUUUGUUUGAAGACCUUGAGCAGGUUAACAUUCACAUAGUGAUGCAUAAGGAAAAAACUGGGUGGAGUUUAUUUAAAACACAGGACACGCCCAGAUACCCUGACACCUGUUUUCUUCUGCUACAUGGUGAACAUUAUUAUGGUGUUUUAGAUGUGAGAAAUGUGUUUGGCAUGAGAAAUUAUUGUGAUCUUUGUCAGACGUUGUACAGCCAUAGCCACACGUGCAGGUUCCGAUGUCGUCUUUGCCUGAGCCCAAACUGCUCUGAAAAUGUGGGCAAGACACAGAGGUGCCCUAACUGUAAACUGUUCUGUCGUUCCAAAGAGUGCUUAGAAAAGCACGUGGCCCUGGCCUCUGAAAAUAGGAUUGAAUGUCUGACUAAAACUCUGUGCGAUGAGUGUAAAUCUUAUGUGGACAAAAAGCACGAGUGCAAAGGGCGACAGUGCAAACAGUGUUAUGGGAAAAUCACGGAUGUAAACAAACACUGGUGCUUUAUGCGCCAGAUUAAAGAGCCUGAAGAAGGCGAGGGGUACAUUUUUUAUGAUUUUGAAUGUGUGCAGGAGACGGGUAUGCAUGUGCCCAACUAUAUUUUUGCAAUGGAGAUAAAGACAGGGGAAAAAAACCCUCAGAAAGACACAGGCAAAAACCCCAAAAGGGUUUGUAAAGCUAAGCCCGAAAAGCCAGAAAGCACUUGGGAGUUUAAGGGUGAAGAGUGUCUGUCUGAUUUUAUUAAGGUUUUUAUGGAUAAAAAGUUCAAGAACUACACCUUCAUAGCUCACAACGCCAAAGGCUACGACGGUUACUUCGUUGUCAGCCAGUUAUUGAAGGAAAAAAUGGGUGUGAAACUAAUCACUCAGGGCGGUAAACUCAUGUGCAUUGAAGUGACCAGGCUAGGCAUCCGUUUCAUAGAUUCUUUAAACUUUUUGCCUAUGAAACUUAGCAGACUUCCACAGGCGAUGGGAUUUGAAGGAUGCAAAGGUUAUUUCCCACAUUUUUUUAACAGGGCAGAAAGCCAAAACUAUGUGGGACCUCUCCCAAAGAUGGAGUACUACGGUGUUGAAAAUAUGAUGUCCAGUGAGAAAGGAUAGUUUUUAGAAUGGUAUCAGAAUAACCGCGAUAAGACCUUUGACAUGCAGAAGGAGCUGGCCUAUUAUUGCCAGCAGGAUGUAAAAAUUUUGAAAGAGGCCUGUUGUCUCUACAGGGAUGAGAUUAUGAAAAUGACACGGCGGGUAGACCGAGUGAAAGUAGAUGGUGAACUCCAAAAUGUAGUACGCUGCAUAGAUCCUUUUCAAUACAUCACGCUGGCCUCCGUCUGUAUGGCUAUGUACAGGUUUAUGUUUUUGGAACCACAGACCGUAGCGCUUCUCCCCCCGGACAACUAUCACAGGCAGAAAAAGAGGUUUUCAACCCCAUCUAUUCAGUGGCUAAUGUACAUAUCGGAGAAAGAAAAUAUUCAAAUUCAACAUGCCUUACAGGGUGCGGAAUUUCAUGUAGGUCCCUAUUUUUUAGAUGGCUAUGCCAACAUUGGUGGGGAACCUACGGCGUUUGAAUUUAAUGGAUGCUUUUUCCACGGCUGUGUCACUUGCUACAAUGAGAAAGACCAGAACCCUUUGACAGGGACGACCUUCGGGUUUCUGAAUUAUCAGGCGUUGCACAAGACCGAUUAUCUCAAGAGAGAAGGGUUUACUGUUAGGACCAUUUGGAAGCACGAGUGGAGGGCUCUGUUAGAAACGGAUGGGGAGCUGGCAGAUUUUUUAAGCAGAACCCCGCUGCCUUCUCCACUGGUGCCUAGGGAUGCUCUUUUUGGGGGCAGAACUAAUGCCAUCUGUCUAUAUUACCAAACUAAACCUGGUGAACAAAUACACUAUUACGAUUUUACCAGUCUUUACCCCUUUAUAAACAAAACGAAGGAAUACCCAAUUGGACACCCUGAAAUCAUUCAUGACAAUUUCCAACCCCUGUUGAGCUAUUUUGGAAUAGCCAGGGUGAGACUGUACCCACCGCGAAGUCUUUUUUUCCCUGUGCUACCCACUAGGAUGAACGGGAAACUUAUGUUCACGCUGUGCCGCCUCUGCGUGGAAACAAAACAGCAAAAGUGUGACCACACAGGUGAAGAGAGGGCCCUCCUGGGCACGUGGUGCACACCAGAAUUGAAUAAAGCUAUCGCUAAGGGGUACAGAGUAGCUCAAAUCUAUGAAGUUUGGCAUAUUGCUGAGAAGUCUAGCACCCUUUUUUCAGAGUACAUAAAAAUGCACCUCCGUCAGAAGCAGGAAGCCUCGGGCUACCCCGCCUGGUGUACUGACCUAGAAAAACAAGAGAGAUACGUGGCCAAUUUCUUGCAAAAAGAAGGCGUGACCUUACGCCCUGAGCACAUCAAACCCAAUCCUGCCAAGCGCCAAAUAGCAAAAUUGUUUCUAAAUUCUUUGUGGGGUAAAUUCGGUCAGAGAACCAACUUGCCCAACACCAGCAUCGUUAGAGACCCCGAAGAACUCUUUGGCUACCUCUUUUCUCCCGCCUAUGAAAUUUCAUCUUGCGACUUUAUUGAUGAUGAGGCAGCCUGCGUGUCUUGGAAACACGCCAAAGAGCGUUACACAGUCUCUGGUAACACAAACAUCUUUAUAGCCUGUUUCACCACCGCUUAUGCACGCUUAGAGUUGUACUCGCUGUUAGACAGCUUGCAAGAACGUUGUCUGUACCACGACACAGAUUCUGUGAUAUUUGUGAGCCUCGAGGGAGAUUGGAAUCCCCCGCUAGGUGAUUAUUUAGGUGAGCUCACCAGCGAAAUCCCGCCAGAUGAACACAUCACAGAGUUUGUGUCGGCCGGUCCAAAAACCUACGGGUACAAGCUGUCUGGGGGAAAGGUUUGCUUGAAGGUGAAAGGGAUUACCCUGAAUGUGGCCAACAGUGAAAAAGUCAACUUUGAAACCUUGAGAGAUCUUGUUCUAGAUUAUGGGGCAAACCCCACUGGGGACACCCCUAAAACAAUUGUGAUACAACAGCGCUCUAUCGUCAGGAACAAAAGCAAGUGGACGAUAGAAACCAAAACCUUGAGAAAAACGCAGAAAGUCGUUUAUGACAAAAGGGUCCUCACAGAAAACUUUAACAGCCUCCCCUAUGGUUUUUAAAGAUGGAUAUGCGUUGGAAGCAUCCCUUUUCUGUGAUUUUGGCAGGCCCUAGCAACUGUGGUAAAAGUUACUUUAUAAAAAACCUUUUGGAUCACGCUGAUAAAAUGGUGUCUGUUAUGCCUGAGAAUAUCAUGUGGUGCUAUAUCUGUUGGCAGCCUUUGUAUGAAGAACUGCUUUGUAAAUAUCCUUUUAUCAAGUUUGUGGAGGGUCUACCGGACAGUCUUAAUGACAACUGUUUGUUUCCUCCUAAUAAAAUAAAUAUGGUUGUGGUAGAUGA